AUGGAGCCUUGUAUCGGAGUCCGCCAAGGCUUUGCUAUCUUGCUCAUCGUCGCUCUUCUACCUACGCCCAUCUCUGGUGCAGACAUCGGCAAAGACGCUGCGGCCGCUCCUAAAGGAGCAGCAGAGAACUCUUACAGUGCCGCCUUGCUUUCAGGAGGCCCCUUUGCAGUUGAGGAGAUCCCACCUGCUUCUCCCACCGGGGCACCAGCGCUUGCCCCUCUUCAGGCGGUCCCAGGAGAUGCUGAUGUCAUCAGGCUGCCUGCCACAGACCCUGUCCUUGCUGACAACGGCGGCAACAGGCGCCUGCUGCAAGGGCCGCGCGGCGCAGCUCCUGCACCCAGUUUGGCAGCAGUAGCGCCAGCCGAGGCAGGAAUAGCCAAAGAGGCACCCAUCAUUGCAUCAUCAAAGUUGGUGUGGCCGUCCUUCGAGCAGAUGCUGGCACCUGCCGAGUCAGCGCCCGCUGAGUCAGCCCCCACCCCUGCUGCCAAGCUUGCAGGCCACUCGCUGCGCAGCCUCAAGAUGAUCCCCAUCAUCUACGCCAAGCCAUACGCGCGUGCUGCCGCGCCGGCCGCGCGCCUUGCCGUCCCGGCCCCGGCCCCGGCCGUCAAGCCGGCCGCGCCCAAGCGUGCGCAUGCUCCGGCACUCCGCACUGUCUCCAACCCUCCAAAGCUGACGGCCGCCCGUCAUGCGGCUGCGCCCUCACCGGCCGUCGCCCCGGCUGUAAAGCGCGCUGCCGCGGCGGCCGCGCGCGCCGUUCAGCCGUCAAAGACCGCCGUCUCCGGCCGGGCCGCACCGGCCGCGCCUGCGCAGCGGCUGCCGUUGGAGGAGCCUCGUGAGGGCGCCGAUAAUAGGCGCCGCCUGCUGAGCAAUGGUGCAAUCCCCCAGCUGGACCAGGUGUACUGGCUCGAUGGCGCAGACACGGAGGCUCGCGAAGUGGCUGCCCAGAGACUCUGGGCAAGCCCAGCUUACCGCGCACUGCAGCAGCCGUCCUGGCCUACUAGUGCAGACGCCCCAGCCAGUGAUAACUCUCCUGCCGGCCCAUUGCCCGCGCCGCCCUCCCCACUGCUGCCCACCCCACAACAGCCUCUGGAGCCCUCCAAGCCAGAUGCAGCGUCCAUGCGCCGCAUGCAGGAGCAUGCGUCCCCUCUGGAGCAGGGGUACUUGCCGGAGCCACUGUUCCACUCCACUGCAGACAAGGCGGAGGCUGCACAUGCCAGCAAGACUAUGGGUGUCUCUGUGGAUGCCCUCAGGCGCCGGCCACUGCAGAUGGUGGUCCUGGAUCCAGUUGAGAAUGGCGACCCGGACGUCAUUAAUUUGCUGAACAUGCUGGGAGUACCAUUGUCUGCUGAGCUGACAGCAGCCACCAGGCCCAUCGCAGAAGGAAAGGAGGCUCCCGGGCCGAAGCCUGCGCGCACAGCCUGA